AUGGCCCCUUCCAGCGUUCAUCCAGACCAGCGACGAGUACUGGCUGCUGCGACCAUCGAACUUCACCAUCACCCACUGGAGCCCGGCACUCGAUGUCCCAUUGUGGAGGCUGCCGCUGUGCGCUACGAGUCCAUCUUUAAUCGCGUCGAGUGCCUGCGCAUUCCUGCCAAGGCCGUGGAAGCGUACCGGCAGAAAAGCGCCGGUUACAUCAGCCGCCUGGUGGUGACGCUGCUCGGCACCUGCGAGAGCUUUCCCGAGCCGCUCAUGGACGAGCACUAUAUCCUACGCAUUACGUCCAGCCCAAAGAAGAACGUGCUGCUGGCCAACUCACCAUGGGGUCUCCUUCGAGGCCUGGAAACCUUCUCUCAGCUUGUAUACGGUCUCUCCAACGGUUAUGCGCAGUUCGCUAUCAACAGCACCUACAUCCGAGACUACCCACGUUUCCCUCACCGAGGCCUUCGCAUCGACACUUCGCAUCAUUUCCUCUCUGUGAGAUCCAUCAAGAAAACGCUGGACGCCAUGACGAUGAACAAGAUGAACGUGCUGCUGUGGAAGAUGGUUGGAAACGACUCGUUCCCGCUGAGAAUGACCAGCCUCCUCGAGCUGAGCUCCAAGGGCGCCUUCCGCGUUGGUUCCCACGAGUACCGAGAUGAAGACAUCGCUCACUUGAUCGAGUAUGCACGAGUCCGUGGUGUGCGCAUUGUGCCCGAGGUGCACAGCAUGGGCGAUACUUAA